CUCUGUUUUUCAUCGAUUAUACCGAUACUUACACCCUAACCUACAAAAUGAUGAAAGCCGUCGUCUUCGUGUGCCUGGCCGCGUGUGUGGCCGGCCAGCAGCAAUUCGUGUGGGACCUGUUGAAGCCGGCGCUGAACGCGGCGGAAGUGCAGGCCAUCCUGGCCAACCGGGACGCCAACCAGUACCCCAACUACAACACCAUCCCGCAGACGGGAUUCAGCUGUCAAAGCAAGAAGCAGCCGGGAUUCUACGCCGACACGGAGGCCCAGUGCCAAGUCUUCCACCGCUGCGACAUCAACGGCAACCAGACCAGUUACCUCUGCGUCAACAGCACCGUCUUCAACCAGGUCACCCUCAUCUGCGACUACUUCUUCAACGUCGACUGCCAACGAUUCUCUGCUUAUGAGGAUUUUGCUAACUCGCGCCUGUACACUGACCAGCCGCUCUUUGACACGCCCCCGGCUAGCUACGUCCCACCCGGCGUCGGAGCCCCGCAGAUCUUGGCGGCCCAGCCCGCUGCUCCUCGUGCUACUGCAAGGAAGGCCACAGGGAAAAAGGGUGUUGUUGCAAACGGUGGCUACCUUAGCGGUGGUUUUUAAUGGCAACAGUUUUGCUGCAGAACGGUUAGUAUGGCCUUGAAGAAGUGUUCGCACGUCGUUUCUUACUAGCUCCAAGUGCGUCUGUUCCUACACGUAAACGGGCAAUGCCGUUUUUUCAUUCUAUUUGUACGAGUAUUACAUCGCUACCAGAAAGGCCGACUGAGACCACUAAUAACAGACCGGCUGAUGUGGAAUAUAAAGCAGAAUACG